CGUCAACCCGUUUCAUGUGUUGUGUUUUGGGUUUGAACGCAAGGAGCGAGCGGGAGUGUGGCAACGUUGUGGAUUUAACCAGCGCCAGCAGUGUUGAGGUGUCUCCAUGGCGACAGACAUUGUUGCGCAGUUGGCCGACUCUCUGGCCAAGGCUGGAGUAGAGGAAGGAGAGCUGAGCUACAAAGGCCAGGGAAGAAAGCUGGAUGAUGCCAAAUCAGUGGAGGAGAUAGUGAAGGAGAUUCAGGACUUCCAGGGUUUACAGGCUCUGAGGUUGGAGGGAAAUACUGUAGGUGUGGAGGCAGCACAGGCUAUUGCAAAGGCUCUGGAGACAAAGAGUGAAUUCAAGCGGUGUUACUGGAGUGACAUGUUCACAGGCCGUCUGCGCUCUGAGAUCCCACCAGCACUGAAUUCACUUGGUGAUGCACUGAUGAUGGCAGGAGCCAGGUUGACGGUUUUAGACCUCAGUGACAAUGCUUUUGGACCAGACGGAGUGAGGGGAAUUGAGAAGCUGCUAAAGAGUACCGCCUGUCACACGUUGCAGGAGCUCAGGCUCAACAACUGUGGCAUGGGUAUCGGAGGAGGGAAGAUUUUGGCUGCUUCAUUGAUUCAGUGUCAUAAAAGCUCCAGUGCCGAGAGCACCCCCCUCAGCCUCAAAGUAUUUGUUGCAGGGAGGAAUCGACUAGAGAAUGAUGGGGCCAUUGCCCUCGCUCAAGCCUUCCAGUUGAUGGGUAGUCUGGAGGAGGUGCACAUGCCCCAGAAUGGCAUUAACCACCCUGGUGUGACAGCCCUGGCUACGGCUAUGCAGCACAACCCCAACCUCCGCAUCCUCAAUCUCAAUGACAACACUUUCACUGAUAAAGGAGGCAUUGCCAUGGCUCAGGCCUUGAAACACCUGCACAGCAUCCAGGUGAUAAACUUUGGAGAUUGCCUGGUGCGGCCAGCGGGAGCCAUAGCUAUCGCAGAAACUGUGUCAGAAGGACUACCAAUCCUCAAAGAACUCAACCUGUCGUUUUGCGAGAUUACAGAAGAAGCUGCUGUGACUGUGGCACAGGCCGUUAAGAACAAGGACCAGCUGGAGAAAUUGGACCUAAAUGGUAACUGCUUAGGAGAGGAUGGCUGCAAAGCUCUGAGAGAUGCCAUGGAAGGCAUGAACAUGAGUGAGCUUCUAGGAUCACUAAGUGAUGAUGAGGGUGAACCAGAUGAUGAAGAUGAGGAUGAAGAUGAGGAAGAUGAUGAUGAUGAAGAGGAUGUAGACGAGGAGGAAAUUGAAGAGGAGGAGGAGGAGGAGGAGGAAGAAGAAGAAGAAGAGGAGGACGAAAGUGGUGUUAACAAGUUUUCCACCCCUCCAUCUGCACCUCGACCACCAGACGUCUCCUCGUUCCUCAGCUUUCCAUCCCCAGACAAACUGCUCAAACUGGGAGCCAAGAGGGCUUUGCUGAUUGAGCAGCAGGUGGAUUUGUCAAAUUCCUUGAAAACAGCUGAAGCUUUCCUGAAGAUUGCGUCUGUUUACAAAGAGGAUAAUAAUGAAGUGAAGACAGCCGUGUUGGACAGUAUUGAUGGUCUUCUAAAGAAAGCUUUUACCACUCCUUCUUUCCAAGGCUACAGUUUUGUUUCAUCUCUGCUAGUUCUGCUUGGGCUUAUCAAGAGUGAGGACAAAGUGAAGCCUGUGCUCGUGGUUCCGGGUCACCUCCAGGCCUUAGAGCAUGUGGUUCGACAGGACUACUUCCCCAAAGAGAGUGUGGCAGUGCUCGAAGCCUUCAUGUCCCGGUAAGGACGUGACAGAAUGAGCCAAUCAGCAGGCCCCUUCCAGAAACAACAAGGCCCUGGAUUCAUGUGGCAAUGCCAAAAACAACCUCCAGACAACACUGCAGAGAGCCAGGCCAGGGAGCUGAAGACUGUGGACACACACAGACACAUACAAACACCUAUGGACCUUUAGGAAACAAGCACAGAUUUGAAGAAAACAAAACGGCAGCACUGAAGAAGAAACUGGCAGCACUCAGACAUACUUAUGGAUUACAUUCAGCUGCACCCCUCAACAUGGACUCCAGACUGAACCUAAUGAACUGAAUAAAGUGCUUCAUAUGCGCUUGUGUCACCACAGAACAACAGUGACAGCAUGUCCGUCUGUGUGAGUCCUCAUUCUCACUGAUUGAAGCACAGACUGAUCUGAUCAUAUAUUGUACAUUUACCUUUGCUAUUCUGUUGUUUUAUACUGAAUGUUUAUUGAACUGAUGAAUAGCUGUUAAAAUAUGUAUUGAGUAGUAAAUAUUUUAAGAUUAGGACUGUAAAAUAAAAUGGGAACUGAAAGGGAUGAGGUGAAAUUAAAUAUGUUGUCAAAAAUACAAACCAAUUGGAGUAUUUGAUGCCUUAACAAGAUUUUAAUAUUAACUAAUGUGUACAAGAAAUAAAAAACAAACAUUUGAAGAGGU